GCAGUGGAAAGACGUAGCGGAUUGAGGGUGGCCAUUUAAAGAUGGAAACGUUCGUUGCUGCCAUAUCGACAUUUGCAUUGGCAUGUCUGGUGUUACAGUACUCUGUGAAAGGGGAGAGUUUCGUUUUGGCCUACCCUGGAAGGGUCUAUAAUCACCCGAACCCUACUGUACAUGCCAUUUCUUGUGGCCAAGGCGGGACAAUGGAUAUUUUUGUGGCAGACGACGACUCAGUGAUAAGUGUUAAUGUAUCAAAUGCAUAUACACAUUAUUUCCCAGAUGACAUUGUCACAACCUCAGGUACUGAAAACAAAACUGUGAUUAUAAGUUCUCUUGAUGAUAUUCACGUUUAUGGGAUUGCAGCUUGGAGCAUGUUCACACCAAUAUCUGUGAUGAGUCUUGGGAUAAGAUACAUGUUAUCCUUUUGUACAAGUAUUUCGAAUGGCACAGACACGCAUUCAUAUAUAUUAAUUAUAGCUUCACACAAGGACCAUGCAAAUAUUGAAAUUGAAUGGAGAGCUGCCGGUACUAUCAUGUAUGACGGCGCUACGUAUGUGAGUGGUGACGUUCUACGAGUGACACUUGCUCCCUACCAGACAUUUACUCUGAGAAAUGAUGCUGACAUGACGGGCACCACCAUCACCAGCCUUACAGGAACUAUCGCUGUAUUUAACGGAGGAGAAAGCUUCACUCGACAUAGCAAAUUACCAUAUCUCACAUCUUACGAUCAGCUGCCACCACUAGAUUGGGACGGGACCGAAUUUGUGUUCUUAAGUAUGCACUAUCAUCAAAAUGAAGUCACAACAUUAACAGUUACUGCUAAUGAAGACACAUCAAUUAGUUUCAACAAUGGGUCCACAGUUGUGAUUGAUGAUAAGCAAUUCUAUCGUGAAGACAUAUUCACGCAACGAAUGUUUGAACUUAAAACUAAUUCGCCGGCUAUGGUGACACUGUGUUACCAUGAGGACUUUACUUUGCAGUACGCAUACGAAAGUCUCUUUGUUGUCCCACCAGUCAAUGCAUAUAUACAACAUACGGCCAUCAUACAUGACCAUGUUAAUGUCAUAGCAGAGAAAGCAGAUGUACACAGAGUGGCCGUUCACGAUGCUAAUCACAACAAUCUCAAUGUUUCCUGGAGAGAUGUGGCUUACACAAAUUACGUCUUUGGAGCGGUAGAGAAGGGACCCAGUCAGGUUUUCAUUACAUCAGAUAGGACGUUCACAGCUUUUGCAGUCGGUCCGGAUUUUGGACGAAAUGGUGGAUACAACUUUACGUAUACAAACGCAACCGGUAAAUCUAAUGUAUAUUAUCAUGCAAUUCAUGAAUAUAGAUACAUGUUCAUUUCCCACAGGCUCAGUCAAGUUCUACAAUUCAUGUUCUGAGUAAAAUAAAUCAUUUGUUAACUCAUUUAUAUAUAUGGAAACAAAGGGCUAAAUGUAGAAGGACAUAUUUUGCCGUGAUUGAACAUUGACCUAAUUGAUUGUAUUUUUUAUCUAAACUACCGGACAAAAAGAAAGUGUACACUUUUGUUUGAUGGUGGCUAAAACAAAACACCCAAGAAAUGAUUAUUCAAGGUGAAGUAUUUGUCACGGGUACCUGUUUUGGACCUUAAGUGUUCAGUGUUUAGGCGACUGUUUUCAGCCUAGUAACGUUUUGAUAACGUUUUUAAUUUUGGGGUCAAAUCCUAUUUUCAAGUGUAUAGUUUCUUUUGCCCGGAAGCUUAUAAGUAGGGUGACAAUAUAAAACAGUAAUGAGAUCGUCAGGAUUAUUCGCAAGUCAAAAACGUAUGACAUUUGAAAGUUAUAAAAAAAAUGGCGUUGGGAACUGAAAGCAUGGUAAACACUGAAAUAAGAAGUACACAAUGUUCGAGACAGUGGCCAUUCCGAACUGAGUGAGUGAGUGAGUAUGGUUUAACGCCGCUUUUAGCAAUACUCCAGCAAUAUCACGGCGGGGGA